CAACACUCUUGAGCUUCGUCAUGGGAGCUGUAGUGGCUGAUGAUGGUCCAUCUGGUGUUAAAGCCCCUGAUGGAGGCUGGGGCUGGGCUGUCCUUUUUGGCUGUUUUAUCAUCACAGGAUUCUCCUAUGCCUUUCCUAAGGCAGUGAGUGUCUUCUUUAAAGAACUUAUCCGGGAAUUUGGCAUUGGAUAUAGUGACACUGCAUGGAUUUCCUCCAUUCUGUUGGCCAUGCUUUAUGGAACAGGUCCACUCUGUAGUGUAUGCGUCAAUCGCUUUGGCUGUCGCCCUGUCAUGCUGGUGGGUGGCCUUUUUGCCUCAAUGGGGAUGGUGAUAGCCUCCUUCUGCACGAGCAUCCUUCAGGUCUAUCUAACUGCAGGUGUGAUUACUGGCUUGGGUCUGGCACUAAACUUUCAGCCUUCGCUCAUCAUGUUAAACCGCUACUUUGACAAACGCCGGCCCUUAGCUAAUGGGCUAUCUGCUGCUGGGAGUCCAGUGUUUCUUUGUGCUCUCUCACCGUUGGGGCAGAUACUACAACACGAGUAUGGCUGGAGAGGCGGAUUCCUUAUACUGGGUGGGAUGCUGCUCAACUGCUGUGUAUGUGGAGCAUUAAUGAGACCUUUGGAGCCACCCAAAAAGUCUGAAGCUACCAAAGAACCAUCUGAGAAGAAAGUGAAGAAAAAACUUCUAGAUUUCAGUGUGUUUAAAGAUGGUGGCUUUGUAAUCUACACGCUAGCAGCAUCUAUCAUGGUGCUUGGCCUCUUUGUUCCCCCAGUUUUUGUUGUGAGUUAUGCCAAGGAUUUAGGGUAUCAAGACACCAAAGCAGCUUUUCUUCUGACUAUUCUGGGAUUCAUCGAUAUCUUUGCUCGUCCUAUUUGUGGAAUGGUAGCUGGUCUUAAAUGGGUUAGACCACGCUGUGUCUACCUCUUCAGUUUUGCUAUGAUUUUCAAUGGCUUUACAGAUCUCAUGGGUUCUAUGUCUGUUGAUUAUGGUGGCCUAGUGGUCUUCUGCAUUUUCUUUGGCAUUUCUUAUGGAAUGGUAGGUGCUCUCCAGUUUGAAGUUCUCAUGGCUAUUGUUGGUACUCAGAAGUUUUCGAGUGCUAUUGGUUUAGUGCUCCUGGCAGAAGCUAUGGCUGUUCUAAUUGGUCCACCAUCAGCAGGAAAACUCUUGGAUGCAACAGGGAGGUACAUGUUUGUUUUUAUUAUUGCUGGAAUUGAAGUUACCACCUCAGCACUUGUAUUAGCCUUGGGAAAUUUCUUCUGCAUUAAGAAAAAAUCAGAAGAACCACAUACAAAAGAAGAAGCAGCAGAAAGAGAGGAAUUAAGCAAAUCUGAAGACAAAACUCCUGAAGACGCCAAGGUAGACUCUAUUGAAGUGGAGCAGUUUCUGAAAGAUGAGCCUGAAAAAAAUGGCGAAGUUGUAACUAACCCGGAAACGUGUGUGUGAGCAUAACAGGAAACCAACAAAGCAUUUAGAAAAGGAAGAUUUUCAACACUAUUUAUUUUAGAAAUAGAACUAGUUUAGGGCUGGGCCAUCUGCUUUAUUAACUGGAGGCCAGUCAGCUCAUCAAGUCUCUCUGGAAGCUGAUUAGCUAGACAACCUUUUAUCGGAAAAUUAGCUUUAUCAGUAAAAGGUGGAACAUUGUGGUUAUCAUUUUCAUGUAAAUUAAAAAGCUUUUAUAAACACAAGUAGAAUCUUGCUAUGCAUCACCAGGAACUACUCACCUGGAAGAGAUAUAGGAAAAAUAUAUUUUAAGAAAAGUGGAAUUAUAUGUAUGUUUUCAGACAAUAUUAGUGAAAUUGCUAUGUUGUGUGGCUAAAUAUAAUUGCUCUUUCUGUGUCCUUUGUGAAGGGGAAAGAGAGUUUGAGACGGAGAAAAAUCUCAGGAACUUAAAGGUCUCCAUUAGGUUUUUUAAUUUCUUACUUUAGAUUUUUAGAUUUAUUGGCUCAGCCCUAAUUUAAUUUUGAUAAUAUCUGUUACUUUGAUUUAUGUAAAUGUAUUUCUGAGUUUUGUCUAAAUCUGUAAUCUUUGUAAUUAUCAUCUGGAAACACUGUAUGUGGAAAGGCAUAUUACAGAUACUGUCCUCAGCAGAUCACACAAGUGGUAUUCUGAGGUAGUACUUAAAGAAAAUAAAAUGAGAAG